UUAUAAUAGACUUGGGAGGUCCCGUCCCAAACCCGUUGGCAUCACACUUUCGACUCCGUUUCCCCUCCCCUGUCCCAAUCUCUGCAAAUUAUCUCAGCAAUCAAACACCCCAUUUCUUUCUCUACCCUUUUCUUGAAAGUCCAUAGCUAAUUACCCAGAAAAGGCUCUCCCUUUUUUGGUAGAAAUGAAGAUAGAAUGUGUCAUAGACUCUCUAAGGAAACAGUCUUUUUUCAGAAUUUAUAGAUAAAUUCUAUAAAUUCUGUGGCGGCUCUGAUUUUCCCUCUCUUUCUACUCUGUUUUUAUGCAAAAUUCUGCGUGGUUUCCCGGAAAAUCUCAGGGGAAAGGAAGAGAACGAAAGUGCAAGUUUACACAACGUGAAUUCAACUCAGACUCUUUAGUUCCUUGUCUUUUGCUGGUGCAAAAUGGCUACAAAUACCACAGUUGCAACCGCAUGUCCAGCACCGAUGAAAGCAACAUCUAAUGGGGUCUUUCAGGGUGAUAAUCCUCUGGAUUAUGCUCUCCCUCUUGCCAUCUUACAGAUAUGCCUUGUGGUUACACUUACACGGAUUCUUGCUUAUCUUCUUCGACCACUAAGACAGCCUCGUGUGAUUGCAGAGAUUGUGGGUGGAAUAUUACUUGGCCCUUCAGCUCUUGGUCACAACAAAGACUAUAUCGAAGCAAUAUUUCCAAAAAGAAGUCUCACAGUGUUGGAUACUUUAGCCAAUCUUGGUCUUCUCUUCUUUCUGUUCAUAGUGGGUAUGGAGUUGGAUCCUAAGUCCAUCCGCCGCACUGGAAAGAAGGCUCUCUGCAUUGCACUUGCAGGAAUUACCUUACCGUUUGUUUUAGGAAUUGGUACAUCGUUUGCCCUCAAAGAAACUAUUUCUAAAGGUGUAGAUGGACCACCAUUUCUUGUUUUCAUGGGAGUGGCUCUUUCUAUAACUGCCUUCCCUGUUCUGGCUCGUAUUUUGGCUGAGCUCAAGCUUUUAACCACUGAUAUUGGCCGAAUGGCGAUGUCAGCAGCAGCGAUCAAUGAUGUGGCUGCGUGGAUUCUUCUUGCUCUUGCCAUUUCCCUCUCUGGCACUGGCCGUUCUCCCCUGGUUUCACUAUGGGUAUUGUUGUGUGGGUGUGCUUUUGUCCUCAGUUGUGUAUUUUUCGUUCGACCAAUCUUUAAAUGGAUGGCACAGCGCUGUCCCGAAGGUGAACCAGUAGAAGAAUUGUAUGUAUGUGCUACUUUAGUUGCAGUUUUGGCAGCUGGGUUUGUCACUGAUACUAUUGGAAUUCAUGCCCUAUUUGGAGCUUUUGUGCUCGGAAUCAUUGUCCCAAAGGAAGGGCCAUUUGCAGGCGCUCUUGUUGAAAAAGUUGAGGAUCUCGUAUCUAGUCUAUUCCUCCCAUUGUACUUUGUCUCUAGUGGAUUGAAGACCGAUAUAGCUACAAUUCAUGGAGCUCAGUCAUGGGGCCUCCUCGUUUUGGUCAUUUCAACAGCCUGUUUCGGAAAGGUCUUUGGCACAGUAGCUGUUUCCCUCCUCUGCCGACUGCCCUUUCAAGAGGCUCUGGCACUCGGGUUCCUCAUGAAUACUAAAGGGUUGGUGGAGCUCAUUGUCCUUAACAUCGGUAGAGAGAGAAAGGUUUUGAAUGAUCAAACGUUUGCUAUCAUGGUUCUCAUGGCUAUCUUCACAACCUUCAUUACGACACCUAUAGUAAUGGCAGUAUACAAGCCAGCUAAAAGAAAGAGUACAUCUGAUUACAAGUACAGAACAAUUGAAGGGAAAGAUCCAAGCACUGAGCUCCGGAUUUUGACCUGUUUCCACGGUACAAGGAACCUCCCCACAAUGAUCAAUCUCAUCGAGGCUUCUCGUGGGACUGAAAAGAAGGAACGACUCUGUGUCUAUGCAAUGCAUCUUAUGGAGCUUAAUGAGAGAUCUUCUGCAAUUCUGAUGGUUCACAAGGCGAGAAGAAAUGGACUACCCUUUUGGAACAAGGUGACAGAUUCAGAUAAUAAUCAAGUAGUUGUGGCUUUUGAACCGUUUGAGCAGCUGAGUCGAGUGGCUAUCCGUCCAAUGACAGCAAUCUCUUCCGUUUCUAGCAUGCAUGAGGACAUCUGUGCAAUAGCUGAAAGGAAAAGGGUAGCAAUUAUUAUUGUCCCAUUCCACAAGCACCAGAGGUUGGAUGGGGUAUUUGAGACAACUCGAACUGAAUACAGAGGGGUCAACCGAAGGGUUCUUGAGCAUGCGCCAUGUUCAGUGGGGAUCAUGGUAGACCGUGGCCUUGGUGGAAGUACCCACGUAUCUGCCAGCAACGUUUCUUCUAGCAUAGUUGUCCUAUUCUUCGGGGGUAGUGAUGAUCAUGAGGCCCUUGCUUAUGGGAUGCGAAUGGCUGAGCACCCGGGUAACAGUUUAACCGUUGUCCACUUCUUAGCAAGUCCUGAACUUCAGCGGGAGAUAGUCCAAGUGGAAAUAAACGAGGGCUCCAACACUUUAGCAGGGUCAGUGAACGAGAAGUUCAUUGCUGAAUUGAAGAAGGUUCCAAAUGACAGCUCAAUCAUAUAUGAGGAGAGGGCGGUGAGAAAUGCUGCAGAAACUACUGAUUUGAUUCGUGAGUUUAAUCGAUGCAAUCUGUUUCUGGUUGGUAGAAGGCCCGAAGGUCAAGUAGCUGCUGCCUUGAAUAUCAAGGGAGACUGUCCGGAGCUGGGGCCUGUAGGUAGCUUGUUGACCUCUCCAGAUUUCACAACUACAGCAUCGGUCUUGGUUGUGCAGCAGUAUCUUGGGAUGGCAGCAGUUCCAGGUUCAGUUGGUCUGUCGAAGGUCGUCGUGUUGCCUGAGGACGAAGAUUCAGAAACCGGCUGAUCAGCUCUCCCGAGCCUGUAUUGGAAUCAUUAUACAGAUCACUGUUCUAAAAAUUCCCGCCUAAGCCUCAUCUAGGCACUAGGUUGUUGGUUACUGCCCCGAUUAAUGCCUAGGUGUUUGAAAAUUAAAAAAGGUCGCCUUGACCUAUUGAGGCGCCCACCUAGACCGCUUUAGUACCCGUCUAGCCCGCCAAGUCCCGCCUAGGUUGCGAUUCACUUAGACAGAAAAUAGAUAACUUUCAUUUUGCAUUUUAUUUUUUAAAUAAAUUGUAAGAGACUUGUUGAAUACUUAAAUGAACACACAUUAUAUGCUUA